UCAUCCAAAUGCUUCGCCUGCCAGUGUCGCUUUGCAUGUAGCCGGUGGUUUCAGCCUGCGCCCAGGUGGUUCUCGGGAAAUUGCACAGGGAAUAAUUUUUAUUUUUUUUAGAUAAAGAAAUUCCUCUUUAUUUGUUUGGAGCGCGGCACUAUAUUUCCCCCACCAUGGCUGAUGCUAAUGCAGAAUGCAAUAUCAAGGUGUUGUGUCGAUUUCGUCCUCUGAACAAGUCCGAAAUUAUUCGGGAAGAUAAGUUCAUUCCAAUAUUUCAGGGAGAAGACACUGUCAUCCUCGGGGGGAAGUCGUACGUGUUUGACCAGGUGUUCCCUACCAACACCACCCAGAUACAGGUGUACAACACCUGCGCCAAGCAGAUCGUCAAAGAUGUAUUGGGUGGAUACAAUGGGACUAUCUUUGCCUAUGGCCAGACUUCCUCUGGAAAAACACACACCAUGGAGGGGAACCUCCAUGAUCCCCAGGGAAUGGGAAUCAUCCCCCGGAUCGCAGAGGACAUUUUCGAACAUAUAUUUGCUAUGGAUGAGAACCUAGAAUUUCACAUAAAGGUCUCCUACUUCGAGAUCUACAUGGAUAAAAUCCGGGACCUGCUGGAUGUGACAAAAACCAACCUGUCAGUGCACGAAGACAAACACAGAGUUCCUUAUGUGAAGGGCUGCACGGAGCGCUUUGUCACAAGUCCCGAGGAAGUGAUGGAUUUGAUAGAUGAAGGGAAGGCCAGCCGUCAUGUUGCUGUCACCAACAUGAAUGAGCACAGUUCCCGCAGUCACAGCAUCUUCUUGAUAAACAUCAAACAAGAAAACGUGGAGACAGAGCAGAAGCUGUGUGGGAAGCUGUACCUGGUCGACCUGGCUGGGAGUGAGAAGGUCAGUAAGACAGGUGCAGAGGGAGCAGUUCUGGAUGAGGCCAAGAACAUCAACAAGUCUCUGUCGGCCCUGGGCAACGUCAUCUCAGCCUUGGCCGAGGGAACGAAAUCUCACGUGCCAUACCGUGACAGCAAAAUGACUCGCAUCCUACAGGACUCGCUGGGCGGGAACUGUCGCACCACCAUGUUUAUCUGUUGCUCUCCCUCCAGCUACAAUGAUGUAGAGACCAAAUCCACCUUGAUGUUUGGCCAACGUGCCAAGACCAUUAGAAAUACCGUAUCAGUGAAUCUGGAGCUUACAGCGGAGCAGUGGAAGAAGAAGUACGAAAAAGAAAAGGAGAAGAACAGGUCACUGAAGGACACCGUUCAGAGGCUGGAGGCUGAGCUGAACUGCUGGAGGAACGGUGAGAAUAAUGUUGAGCAUCUGAGCCCAGGAUCGGAAGACAUCCCUCUGGUGCCUCAAGAAUCUGAGGACCCCCUUCUCGAUAUCUGCAGCCCCUGCAGCCCCUGCAACCCUUGCUCAGUUUCUUCCUCCAUUGUGGUUCACAUCUCUGAGGAGGAGCGGCAGAAAUAUGAGGAGGAGAUCCGCAAGCUUUACAAACAGCUGGAUGAAAAGGAUGAUGAGAUCAACCACCAGAGCCAGAUGGUGGAGAAACUGAAGGAGCAGAUGCUCGACCAGGAGGAGCUUCUGGCAUCCUCCAGGGGUGACAGCGAGAAGGUGCAGUCGGAGCUCGGCAGGCUGCAGACAGAGAACGAAUCGUCUAAGGGCGAAGUGAAGGAGGUCCUGCAGGCCCUGGAGGAGCUAGCAGUCAACUACGACCAGAAGAGCCUGGAGGGGGAGGAGAAGAGCGUACAGAACAAGCUUCUGGCUGAAGAGCUUGCAAAGAAAAUGGCUAAACUCAUGGCUGUAGAGGCGGAGCUGUCCCGUAUCCAGGAAGUGAGCAGCCACCAAAGGAAACGCAUCACAGAGAUUCUCAACAGCCUGAUGAGGGACCUGAAUGAGUUCAGCACCAUCGUUGGAAACAGGGACAUCAAGUUGCCCGUGGAGAUCUCCGGUGCAAUUGAGGAGGAGUUCACUGUGGCCCGCCUCUACAUCAGUAAGAUAAAGUCAGAGGUGAAGUCCAUGGUGAAGCGCUGCCACCAUCUGGAGAGCCUCCAGCUGGAGUGUCACCGCAAGAUGGAGGAGACGGGCAGAGAGCUGUCUUCAUGUCACCUCCUCAUUUCACAGCACGAGGCAAAGAUCCGCUCUCUGACAGACUACAUGCAGAAUGUGGAGCUGAAGAAGAGAAAGUUGGAGGACAGCUAUGACUCUCUGAGCGAGCAGCUAGCCACACUCCAAACUCAAGAGAGCAUGUCACAGGUGACCAGCGGGGAGAAUCACUCUUCUGUCCAGGAUUCCUGUGAUAUAAAGAGGGCUCUGGAGCAGCAGAUGGAGUCGCACCGUGAGUCGCACAGCAAACAGCUCGGCCACCUGCGAGACGAGAUCAAUGAGAAUCAGAAGAUCAUCGACGACUUAGACGAUUGUAACCAGAAACAGCAGCUGGAGUUGGAGCAACUGCACUGUGACUUUGAACAUCUCAGGAGUCAGGAGCAUCGCAAGAGCCGCCAGCUGGAGGAACUGACAUUUCUCCAUGAGCGACAUGAGCAGUCGAAGCGAGACCUCAAAGGGCUGGAAGACACUGUUGCUCGUGAGCUCUACACCCUGCACAACCUCCGCAAGCUCUUCGUUCAAGACCUCACGACUCGUGUUCGAAGAAGUGCACAGAUGGAGCUUGAUGAUAGUGGGGGAUAUAUCACCCAAAAACAGAAGAUUUCCUUUCUUGAAAACAACCUGGACCAGCUUACAAAAGUUCACAAACAGUUGGUGCGUGACAAUGCAGAUCUUCGCUGUGAGCUUCCAAAACUGGAAAAACGUCUUCGAUCUACAGCUGAGCGAGUUAAGGCGCUGGAGGGUGCUCUGAAGGAAGCGAAGGAAGGAGCCAUGAAGGACCGCCACCGCUACCAACAGGAAGUGGAGCGCAUCAAGGAUGUGAUGAGGUUUCGCAAUCCCUUCCGCCGGCCCCAUGCUGCACAGAUAGCCAAGCCUGUGCGUGCUGGUCACUCGUGCUCUCCCGCCAACCCCUUCUUCAUCCGAGGCUACAGCGAUCACCCCGUUGCCUUCCACAAACCUGAUUUCCACAACAGCAACAUCAAACAAGCAGCUGCUCCUACUUCUCCUGCAGCACCAGAGAGUGUGCCCAGGUUACCUGAGGCCAGCUCCAACCAGAACAGUCCCACCAAACACCUCGACACCCAAAUCAACGACUCGGAUGACAACGACGCUCAUGACGAGGACAACGAGGACAACGAGGACAACGAGGACAACGAGGACAACGACGCUCAGGACAACGACGCUCAGGACAACGACGCUCAGGACAAUGAGGAUAACGAGGACAACGACGCUCAGGACGAGGACAACGAGGACAACGACGCUCAGGACAACAUGCUGCCGGCCGAACCGGCGAGCCGAGCAGACAAGAACACCGCAGAGAUGCUCGACUCAGAAAACGGAAACACCACAGAUAUGAAUGACAACAGCAUGUGUCUGAAUGUGAAUUCUGGGUCCAGAACUGACGUCUGUGACAAUCACGACCCAGCCAAACUCUACAGCCUGCAGCCUGAGGCUGCAGCCAGCUAAUAGUCCUGAGCGGGCGGACGUUUCUUUUCUGAGGCCUCCUCUGUACCUCUGCAUGCAGCCGAUCAUGUCCUCACAGCUUCUCCUUCCCUUCUUAUCCUCACCUGCUGUAAACAGACCUCUAUCUCUCCCGUGUCCCCUUUCCUUCCCCUGCUUGCUCCUCUUCAA